GCCGCGGCAGCACAGUGGCUGCAAGGCUGGGGCGCUGGCGCCGCGCCAGCCCCAUCAGAAUUAGCUCAUUGUUCACUCGCACACUAGCAGCGGAGAGAGGGAGAGAAAGAGAGCGAGACUCUUAGAGAGAGACACACACUCUUGAAGACAGAGCACGAGGUGUAGAGAGGAGAGAGUGCACAGGGAGCGGGGCUUUUGUCUGUUCGUCUCCCUGGACUGAAGACAGGGAGGGUGCAAGUCCAAGGCUGCUAUGAUCCUCAAAAUGGUUUAUUACCCAGAGCUUGCUGUCUGGGUCAGCCGAGAACCAUUUCCAAAUGAGGAAAUGGAGGGAAGGCUUCCUAAGGGAAGACUUCCCGUCCCAAAGGAAGUGAACCGCAAGAAGAACGAUGAGACCGAGGCUGCCUCCCCGACUCCACGUGGCAGCAAUGAACUCCACUCCCCAAGCAUCAGUUACCUCCACUCUUUUUAAUCAUAACACCUCCAUUUGUAUUACGUAUGGUGUAUGGGUAUUGAUGAGGUUAUGGUAUCAUAUAUGGGAUUUUUUUCUGUGUAAAUCAUCAAAUAUAAGAAGAAACUAUGGGACUCUGAGCCUUGCUUUAGAGAAUUUACAGUGGACAGAUAGGUAUCAUCAAACCAGUUUUUAAUCAUUCUGACUCAAGUGAAAACGCUCAGAAUUUCACACUGUGAAUCCACGUUUACAACCCUUACAGGUGGGCCUUCAGGCCUGGUUCGCUACGAUGACGUCUUCCACAACUCAAACUCCCACUGCUCUCACACAACCGGUCCACUCCUGCCUGGUCACUCAUACAGCUCCCGACUGCUUCUUGCAGAGGCUGAGAGUCCCCAUUUUUUUUUUUCAUUUAGAUGUAACAAACCUAGUAGUUUAUGUUCAUCAAUUGUCUGUAUAUCUCUAUAUUUUAUCCAUGUACUCUUUUGAUGUAUAGAAGUAGUUUGAAACUCAUUGUUUCCUUGUGGUAAGUGACCGAGAUGCUGCCACAGGACCUGAGACACUGAUGAAUGGUGCUAUUUUGGACUUUCAACAUGCUCCUUGGCGAGGUAGCUCUGAUGGAGUUAUUUUUUAUUUCCAUGUUCUAAGAAGGUGUUGGUACUCUGUUUCCCUGAAUGUUGUUCUCUAGACUGGAUUGACCUGUUUUCCUUGUGUCUUCAGUGUGGCUUUCUUCUUCAGCAUUGUAGGUUGAGUGAACGCUACCAGAGAGAGUGUAAGAGACCACGUCUCGUUGGCUGGUACUCAUGGACCCGAAGUCCCUGUAGUGGGAGCAAUCACAAAACUGUAAUUUACUUACCAAAUCUCUUCCUUUUGGUAGCCUCGCCUGCCUAACUUAGAGAAAGAAAAGCAAUAAUUGGACAGGCGUUUUUAGGUGUCUCUCUUGGUUCUUUUUGUUUGAAAGAAUAUUUGGGGGAGGGGGGAGGGAAAACUCUUUUUUAAUAAAUGACCUCUAAAAAAUCCAAAAAAACCUGGCAUUUGAGUGGAAAUAGGGAAAUUACACCUUUCCCAAAUAUUAGGUUGGAAAAAGUAUCUUUGCAAAAUGGAAAAAAAAAAAAAAAAGGUAGAACACUCGUUUUGAUAAGCAAG